AUGUCAGCCUCGGCUCAGGAGGAUCCCACUCACACCGAGACCUCAGCCUCGGCUCAGGAGGAUCCCACUCACACCGAGACCUCAGCCUCGGCUCAGGAGGAUCCCAUUCACACCGAGACCUCAGCCUCGGCUCAGGAGGAUCCCACUCACACCGAGACCUCAGCCUCGGCUCAGGAGGAUCCCACUCACACCGAGACCUCAGCCUCGGCUCAGGAGGAUCCCAUUCACACCGAGACCUCAGCCUCGGCUCAGGAGGAUCCCACUCACACCGAGACCUCAGCCUCGGCUCAGGAGGAUCCCACUCACACCGAGACCUCAGCCUCGGCUCAGGAGGAUCCCACUCACACUCAGACCUCAGCCUAA